AUGGCAGCAGCUAUCGCGAGCGGGUUGAUCCGGCAGAAGCGGCAGGCGAGGGAGCAACACGCCCACCGACCGACGACCCACCGGCGGCGGAAGAGCCCCGGCAAGAAGCAGGGGCUGUGCAAAGGGGACCUGGUCGACAUCUUCUCCAAAGUCCGGAUCUUUGGCCUGAAGAAGAGGAGGCUACGGAGGCAAGAACCACAGCUGAAGGGCAUAGUAACCAGGUUGUUCUGCAGACAGGGCUUCUAUCUCCAGAUGGGCCAGGAUGGAAGUCUGGACGGGACCAAAGACGACAGCACCAACUCAUCUCUGUUUAACUUAAUUCCUGUGGGUCUGAGAGUCGUGGCCAUCCAAUCAGUCAAGACCGGCCUCUACAUCGCCAUGAAUGGGGAGGGUCACCUCUACUCGUCGGAACUGUUUACAGCAGAGUGUAAGUUUAAGGAGUCGGUGUUCGAGAACUACUAUGUGAUCUACAGCUCGAUGCUCUACAGACAGAAGGAGUCAGGCCGGGCCUGGUUUCUGGGCCUCAACAAGGAGGGACAGGCCAUGAAGGGGAACAGGGUGAAAAAGACCAAACCAGCUGCACACUUUCUGCCUAAACCUAUAGAAGUUGCGAUGUACAGAGAGCCUUCGUUGCACGACGUCGGGGAGGCGGUGCCUAAAAUCGCCGUGGGCCCGCCUUCCAAAAGCACAACCAGCGAACCGGUGGUCAUGAACGGAGGGAAACCAGUCAGCAAACCUGACAAGGAGGAAACAUAACCCCGCCCUUCUUUAUACCCCCUUCCUCCCCCUGACCAAUCAGAGACCCGGAAAGGACAGAAACUCUCCCCACUGCUGCACAAUCAAAAACUGCAUCUAAAGGUAAACGAGCAAACACGUUCUGACUGGUCAGCAGUGGGGCCGCUGGUCCCGCGCCCACCUCGGACGGAGCGCCGAGGGGGUCAGGAGGAUGAAGACCGUGGACCGGGCCGGAGGCGGUCAGAUGUUCUGACUCUAAGAGGCGAGACAAAUGACUUCUUAAAAAUAUAGACCAAGUGGAAAAUGUUGUCUUCACCGGUAUUUUUCUGUGACAAUCUGUAAGAAUGAGGCCCCUCCUUUUUUCUUUCCUUCAUGUUUUCUGUUGCCAGGUAUGCUUGCUUGCUGGUAGCCACACACACACACACACACACACACACACACACACAAAAACACACACACACGCACACGCACACGCACACACACACACACACACACACAUCGACCACAAGGCUUCGAUCUUUUGGUAAACACCGAACAGAUUUAAAAAAAUCAGAGGGUGCCUAGUCAGCAAACAAUUAAGGAGUAAUUGUUCCUCUAACGCUGGGCGCUCAUUUACAUAUUGUUGGAUCUGAAUGAUCCUGCAGAUUGCUUCAGCUUGCAGCCGCAAACACGUCCAUGUUCUUCAUUUAUACGUUUCUGGAGUCCAGUUUCAAGGAUCGCAUCUUAAUGCAUCCAAACAAAGUUCUAUCUCUAUUGUUUGCAGACACAUGGAAUAGCAUUUGAGCCCGACUGUGGCAGUAACAAGCACUUUAAACGCUCCUGCUGAAGCAACCUGCAGGAGCAUGAGCGAUCCACACUCCUGCAUGUGUGCAGGACAAUCCAAAUUACGGCGUGCCCCUGAACACCUCUGAGCUCAAAGCAAAGUGUUCCUUUACUUCCUGUUUGUUGAGCAGAAGUAUAACCCUGCACACACGGAGCACUCGUGAUUCAAGACACAUCUGUACAGGCACGAACAGAUAUUACAGUUAUUCCCCCUUCUUUGCAAUGAUUUCCACAUCGUGUAGCUCUAAAGAAGACAUCAGGCACGUCACGUCAGAAGUGAGUGUGUAGCAGAAGGAGUUCCCUGUUUGUAGCAUCACAGAUAGUGAGACAGAUACAGGAGGCGUGCUGGUGUGUGAGCAGCGUGGUAGCAGUCAGUGUUUACAUGGAGUAGCAGAUAUGGUAACAGAGGGAGGGUCAAACCUCCAGAGUAGUGAGAACAGCACUUCUUUUUUUCAGUUCGCUGCGCUUCGAAUAACGGUGAGAAUGAGGGUAACAGAGAACAGGGUAGACCACGUUAAAGCCACUACGUGUAAAUCCAAAUCUAAGAGUUCAGAAGUCUUAGGGAGAGAGGAGAGAGCCGAGGUAGUGGAAGAAACAUGAUCUCAGCGUCUUAAAGGACGAGGUGGAGCCUGUUUCAGUUUAUGCAUUUGCUGUCUGGACGUCACGUCUUCCACAUCAAACUCGUGAUGAUGCAACAGGUUGAAGGAGAAGAGUGACACAGCUAGCAUUUAGGGUAUUAUUAGCAUAGAAUGAAUAACAUGGAAAGAUGGAGACUAAGAUUGAUGACACAGAAGAUUUAGAAUCACACAUAGUGGCUUUAAAUCUGCACAGUAUCCUUUAAAUAAAGUAAGCUAAGAAAUUUCUCUUUAUUUUGCAAGAAACUAUCUAAACCAUUGAACUCAAACAGCUCACAUCGAUUUCAGUGUCACAUCAAGCCGUUAUCAAAUCAGACUGAUUCAUUUUUCCUUUCUUUUUCGAGACGUGGAGGACUACAAGGCGGAAAAUCAAAAUGUCUUGAGCUGAAAUGAAACCAAAUAGAUUCCCGUGCUUUGCCCUCUCACUGUGACCGUCAACAUGGCACCAACCUGUUCAACGUUCAGACUUCCUGUUCACCGCUUAGCUCCUUGAAAAGCUCCUCUGUCGUCCGUCGUUUCACUGAGGAGGUAUGAAAACUGUGACCCCACACAUGCACACACACAUCAGUGAUUAUAUUAACAGAAGCUGUGUGUCCCUUCUGCUCUCUCUUCAUCCUGGGUUUGAGUCAAAUAACCACUUUGUUCUCUGAUUAGAUUUAGGUAGCAAGAAUGACCUCCAGUAAACACACAUAAAAAAAACCAAGAAGACGAGACACAGCACCCCCCUCCACGCGUACAAAAACAAGGCUGCAUGAUUAAUCCUCACAGUGGCUCUGACUUUAAACGAGCUGCAUCUCGCCUCAGCAACAGGUGUGUGUCUGUGAAGCGCUGCUGCACACAGAGAAGACGUGUUUCUUGUCGCCCCGCUGUGUCGUACAAAAGAUGCUCUCCACAACUGAAGAGACAGUGAGAGUACGAGACAGCUGACAGCGCUUCUAAUUGGCAUCGCUCACAUGUUUGUCCCCUUCUCUGAUCUCAUUAGCUGUGUGCAAAUAUUCGUGACUGACCAGCUGGAACACGGUGAUUUAAAGUGUCUGUCUUUUGCAAAUACGCUGAAAGAACCAUGUCUUAAAGGAGCGAUUACAAAGAAGCAGAAAAAUGUCUGAUUGAAGAGAGAUCGGAUCAUUUUAGGUGUUUUUUUAAGGAGCUUUUAAACCUGGGCCUUUACUCCAGUAGAUUUCUUCAUCCAGCAGCUGCAUAUCAGGCUGUGAUGGCUGCAAUGUGAUAAUUCAGGGAGAGUGGACUCAAUCGAAGGAAGCCAACAGACUCCAUGAGUUAAAACUGUCUUUAUUUAUGGCAGAACACAAUCAAUCAAUCAAGCUUUAUUUAUAAAGCACCUUUCAUACAAGUUUUCAUACAGAGAUUGAAAAACAAGAAAAAAGCAGAAAUAAAAUAAUGGCAAAAUAUUCCACUUAUCCAAAAUCUAAAAUAGAUUUUGAAGUUGAGACUAAUGCACACCAAAAACAAUGAAAUAUAUGUAAUAAAAAAAAUGUAAAGCACCAAAAUAACAAUAAGAAUGUUAACUAAUGUAUUAAUUUAAAAAAAGGUAAGAAUAUUAAUUGAUAAUGAAUAAAGGCACUUUAAAUAUUAAU